AUUGGCCAAGGCUGUCGCGUAAGAUGAGUGUAUGGCUUCAAACCUUCUGAAGCUGCACUCGACCGCUGGUAUCAUUUACCAUCAUGUCUCAGGGGGAACUUUAGGAGCAGCUGUUUUUCCUUGGUGUGAUGUUGUGAGAGAGGCCACGCUAAAACUGAGUCAAGAUGACGGACGCCCAAGGCGAUCACUGUCCGGACCAGUUGAAUAAAUUCGAGAAGCUGACAAGCAGGCCGCUACACGGUCGUCGUACUCCCCCUGCCCGCAGUGGCCACCGCUGUGUAGCCGACAACACGAACCUCUAUGUAUUCGGGGGGUACAACCCGGACUACGACGAGUCGGGCGGCUCAGAGAAUGAGGACUACCCGCUGUUCCGAGAGCUGUGGAGGUACCACUUCGCUACGGGCCUAUGGCAUCAGAUUCAAACGGAGGGCUACGUGCCCACAGAACUAGCCUCCAUGUCAGCCGUAUUGCACGGAAACAAUCUCCUGGUAUUUGGCGGCACCGGAAUCCCCUUUGGGGAGAACAAUGGCAAUGAUGUUCACGUUUGCAAUGUCAAGUACAAGCGGUGGUCCCUGCUCAACUGUCGCGGGAAGAAGCCCAACAGAAUCUAUGGACAGGCGAUGGUUAUCAUAAACGGCUUUCUCUACGUGUUUGGCGGCACGACCGGGUACAUAUACAGCACAGACCUGCACAGGCUGGACCUGACUACCAGGGAGUGGAGCCACCUCAAGCCCAACAACCCUCCAGAUGACCUACCCAAAGAACGGUACAGACAUGAAAUAGCACAGGACGGACAGAGGAUCUACAUUUUGGGAGGAGGGACCUCGUGGACGUCUUACCCUCUAGACAAGAUUCACGCAUAUAAUCUGGAGACAAAUUCCUGGGAGGAGAUUGGAACAAAACCUCAUGACAAAAUAGGGUUUCCCGCUCCUAGAAGAUGUCACAGUUGUGUCCAAAUAAAAAAUGAUGUAUUUAUUUGCGGUGGCUACAACGGCGAGUUUAUUUUGGCUGACCUGUGGAAGAUCAACCUGCACACGUUUCAGUGGAGCAGGCUGCCCGCCGUGAUGCCCGAACCGGCUUACUUUCACUGCGCCGCCGUUACGCCGUCGGGCUGCAUGUACAUCCACGGCGGCGUGGUGAACAUCCAUGAGAACAAGAGGACCGCAUCUCUUUUUAAGAUUUGGCUGGCCGUGCCAAGCUUGUUGGAGCGGUGCUGGGAGAGCCUCCUCCAAGCUUUCCCCCACCUCGCCAACCUACCUGCCAGGCAGUUGCUCAAUCUAGGCCUCACACAGGAACUCAUCGAGCGCUUGAAAUAACAGACUUGGACGUGUAAGGAGACUUUCCUCCUGUGCCAUAAAUUUAAAGAUGCCUUCAUUUGUGUUCAUGCUGAAAAUUUGGGAUUUCUUUGCCAUCCUGGAACGGACAAGAUGCCUUUUUUUUUUUGCUCCUCACCCUGUCAUCAGCAGUCGGAGAUACUUUACUUUGCCAAAUUAUGACUUGUUUCUCAAAUUUAUCUCAAUACUUGUAAUAUUUUUAAAAAAUUCUGUGCAAAGGAUGGCCCAUGUAUAUUUAUUGAAAGGACUACUCUGAACACACGAUCCUGUUUUUUUAGUUUUUAAAGCCUCUUUGUUUUGCUUGACAGCUUAAUUGUUUACUGUCAUGUUAUAUGAACCUAUCAUCUCAAAAAAGGAACUUUAAAACCUUAUGUAAUUAUUAAAAGUCCAUUUUAAUUUUUUCCCCCCCAUAAUCACGUCCAAGAGAGGGUCAAUAAAAAAUGCAUUGGAGAUCAAUCACUAUAUAGAAUUUGCAACUUUUACUUACAACUUUUUUUUAAGUCACGUCACUGAAUUUGGUGCACUGUCUUUUUAAAUGCUUUUUCUUCAAAUAAAGUUUAACGCCCUCUCCGA